GCUCCUGUGAAAACAGCCAGCAGGAGGAGACAGACACAGAGGAGGAGCACAGAUGCGUCCAGCUGCCGCUGAAAACUGAAGAAAAAUCGGAUUUUUUUUCUCCCACCGCUUAUGAGCGAACAUUAAAACUGUUUGUGUGAUUCACUUCACCUGAGAGCUUCUAGACCAGGUUGAAAAUAGAGCAUCUGCCAGUCAGUGGUGCACAGCUGGACAUCAUGUAAACCAGGCCUCACUUCCACUGCUGGUUUUGGAUUCUGGUUCGUAGUUUCUGACAUUAAGAAGAUGGAGGGAGAUAAACACAGAUAACCGAGGGGAAACAUUUAAUCAUCAGCAUCGCAAAGACAAACAAACACAGAUAGGUUGUGUUUUGGGACUGAAAAACAAACAUCGAACAAUGGCGUCCUACAGCCCCGUCGCCACUCACGAGGGGACCAACGGGGGCCCGCCCUCCGUGAAAUCCGCUGCCUCCCAGGAGUCCAUGAAGCUGAAGAAGGAGAUCUCCCUCCUGAACGGCGUCUGCCUGAUCGUGGGGAACAUGAUCGGCUCGGGCAUCUUCGUCUCGCCCAAGGGCGUCCUCAUCCACAGCGCCUCCUACGGCCUCUCGCUGGUGGUGUGGACCAUCGGUGGGAUCUUCUCCGUGUUCGGGGCGCUGUGCUACGCCGAGCUGGGCACCACCAUCACCAAGUCCGGCGCCUCCUACGCCUACAUUCUGGAGGCCUUCGGAGGCUUCAUGGCCUUCAUCCGCAUUUGGACGUCCCUGCUGAUCAUCGAGCCGACCAGCCAGGCAGUGAUAGCCAUCACCUUCUCCAACUACAUGGUGCAGCCCAUCUUCCCCACCUGCAUCGCCCCAUACCUGGCCAACAGGCUCCUGGCUGCUGCUUGUAUAUGUCUGCUGACCUUCGUGAACUGUGCCUAUGUGAAGUGGGGCACCCGGGUCCAGGACUUCUUCACCUACGCUAAGGUCAUCGCCCUGAUCGCCGUCAUCAUCACUGGGCUGGUGAAGAUCGGACAAGGGUACACUCACAACUUUGAGGGCAUGUUUGACGGCUCCUCUCAGGACCCAGGCGCCAUCGCUCUGGCUCUGUACUCCGCUCUGUUCUCCUACUCCGGGUGGGACACGCUCAACUUCGUCACGGAGGAGAUCAAAAACCCMGAGAGGAAUYUGCCUCUGGCCAUCGCCAUCUCUAUGCCCAUCGUGACGGUCAUCUACAUUCUGACCAACGUGGCGUACUACACCAUCCUCCCCAUCAACGCCAUCUUGGACAGCGAUGCUGUAGCUGUGACGUUUGCAGAUAAGGUGUUCGGGGUGAUGAACUGGACCAUCCCCUUCGCUGUGGCACUGUCUUGCUUUGGCGGACUGAAUGCCUCCAUCGUGGCCGCGUCCAGGCUGUUCUUCGUGGGCUCCAGAGAGGGCCACCUGCCCGACUUCCUGUGCAUGAUCCACGUUCACCGCUACACCCCCAUCCCYGCCCUGCUCUUCAACGGCUUCAUGGCUCUUAUAUACCUGUGUGUGGAGGACGUCUUCAGGCUGAUCAACUACUACAGCUUUAGCUACUGGUUUUUYGUUGGUUUGUCCAUUCUGGGGCAGCUUUAUCUGCGUUGGAAACAGCCGGACAGAGAGAGACCCCUAAAGCUCAGUCUGUUCUUCCCCAUCGUCUUCUGCUUCCUCACCAUCUUCCUGGUGGUGGUACCACUGUACAGCGACACCGUCAACUCCCUGAUCGGCAUCGGCAUUGCCCUCUCCGGCGUGCCCGUCUACUUCCUCUGCUGCUACACGCCGGCCUCCAAGAGGCCCGUGUGGCUGCGCAGUUUCAUAGCUAAAUGCGGGGUGCUGAUUCAGAAGGUUUGUUACUCAGUUCUGACUGAGAUGGACGACAGCAAAGAUGAAUAGAUGUUUUUUUUUUAAUCCAGACAAGAGUCUCAACCUGAGCUCCUCAUCACCAGCUGCUGCUAAACAAGCAUCAAAGGAUGAACAUUUGGGUCUAAACUGGACCCGACUCUGACUUUGUGACCAUCAUCACUCAGCGACUUUUUUGUUUGUUUUUAUUUUACACGAUGGAAACAUCCAGCUCUGACUGUGACUUCAGGGAGAGGAGAACUGAAAUGCACUGCAGGAGAAGCUGAUGCCUGUUUUUGUUUCACACACAAAAAAAGUUAAACCUAUUGUUUUCUUGCAAAUUGAUUAGUUUUUAAGCAUCUUUAACACUGAAAGCACUGCUGACAAUAGAAACUGUCUUACAGUAUUUGCUCAAAAAAUAAAACAAGCAAUAAGCAACUAAUGUUUAUAAAAUAUUUUAUACCUUCAGCUGUCAGGUCUGCUGAAGUAAAAAGGGCUAUUUUUACACAGUUUGUUGCUCUGAUGAAUUUGACUCAAACGUUAAAGAGUUUGAAAACAUUAUUUAUAAUAAAAGUCUUUACAAAUUAAAA